CUUCACUCAACAAGGUUAUUUUGUAGUUGGACAACAGGAGUGUGUGCUGCAUGUAGUGGAGUUAUGGUGCUGACGGACCGAUGCAAAGAGGAGAGAGUGAUGAGUUCCUGCUGCAUGAAGUCAGGCUGUUCCUUGAAAAUGUGAUCUGAUGAUCUGCAACUUGUGACAUCCAGCAGAAUAUCAUGGACAAACCACUUUCUGCCUCAGCCUGAUGACAUCACUGAUACUGAGACAAAGGAUCUAUCAUCAAAACUGUUUGGAAUUUAUUAACUUAAUCGUACUUAAAGUCUGCUUCUUCAUUUGCAAUAUUUUGGAUAUCAAGCAGAAGGGAACUAUUUGGGAUUUCUGUGCAACAAGAAACAUACAUAUAAAACAUUUAGAAUAUCUCAAGUUUGUUGCUGCUGUCUCACCAGGCAGAACAUGAGUGUGUGACCAGUGUGUGUGUGUGUGUGUGUGUGCGCAGUGAUGACCUGAAUCACUGCUUUUCACACCUGGAAACAAAACAAAAUGAAGGGAAGGAAGGCAGAUUCAAAUAAAUCAAGUUUGUACGAGGACAAAAACACGGGACAAGACAAAAGGCGGAUAAAACGAAGAAAGAUGACGCAAGCGCAGAAUCAGAGUUUAUCAGCCGUGCUCUCAGAAGCUGAAACAAACUGGGAGCAUGGUUUGGAGCGUGGAGCAGAGCAGCUGGCCCAGUGGUACAAGUGGGACUGGGCCUCAGAGCAGGUCCCUGCUGUACUGAGUCCCACCUAUAAGCAGCGCAAUGAGGACUUCAGGAAGCUUUUCAAGCAGCUGCCCGACACUGAGCGCCUCAUUGUGGAUUAUUCCUGUGCCCUGCAGCGGGACAUCCUCCUGCAGGGACGCCUCUACCUCUCAGAGAACUGGAUUUGUUUCUACAGCAACAUCUUCCGAUGGGAAACCUUGCUGAUGGUACGAUUGAAGGACAUCUGCUCUAUGACCAAGGAGAAGACGGCCCGCCUCAUCCCCAACGCCAUCCAGCUUUGCACUGACAAUGAAAAGCACUUUUUCACCUCAUUUGGGGCGAGGGACCGGACAUACAUGAUGAUGUUCAGACUGUGGCAGAAUGCCCUCCUAGAGAAGCCUUUAUGUCCAAAAGAGCUGUGGCACUUUGUCCAUCAGUGUUACGGUAAUGAACUUGGCCUGACCAGUGAUGAUGAGGAUUACGUCCCUCCUGAUGAGGACUUCAACACCAUGGGGUACUGUGAAGAGCUGCCCGUGGAGGAAACCAACGAGCAGGGCAACGACACCAGCAACGCCCUCGCCAAGAGCACUGAGGCCAAACCUGAUGUUAGCCCCAUCCUGCCCCACAAAGCCUUCCCCAACAACGCUACGCCAGAGCUGCCCAGCACUGACUCUUCAGUUCCUCAGUAUGACCUGGCGCCUGUGGAGGACGUAUCCAGCCCUCUCCCAGACGCAGACCUCUUGACCCUCCCCAUGCUUGAGAACCGCAGCAGCCAGCAGAUCAGCCCACACAGCAGCCACGUCCCUUCACCGUCACCGGACCUCAACGACAACGAGGACCUGCCCACUGAGCUCAGUGACUCAUCUGAGACGCAUGACGAAGGUGAGGUGCAGGCUUUCCACGAGGACCUGAGUGGCAGGCAAUACGUCAACGAGGUGUACAAGAUUGGUGUGGACAAGAUGUAUGACUUACUUUUCACUGAGUCCGAGUUCAUGAGGGACUUUCGGGAGCAGAGGAGAUUCUCAGAUGUGGUGUAUCACCCCUGGAGGAAAGAGCAGGAUGGUAACCAGACAAGAGAGAUCAUGUACACCCUCGCCCUGAAUAAUCCUCUGGCUCCCAAAACAGCCACAGUCACCGAGACACAGACUCUGUACAAGGCGAGCCAGGACAAUGAGUGCUACAUUAUCGACGCAGAGGUGAUCGCCCAUGACGUGCCCUACCACGACUACUUCUACACUCUCAAUCGCUACAUGCUCACCAGAGUAGCCAAGAACAAGUGUCGUCUUAGGGUGUCGACAGAGCUUCGUUACAGGAAGCAGCCAUGGGGGCUUGUGAAGGGCUUUAUUGAGAGGAACUUCUGGAGCGGCCUAGAUGAGUACUUCAGGCACUUGGAAUUAGAGCUGAAUAAGUUGGAUGUGCUGUUAGUGGAUCCUCACAGACAGUCGCCCAAGAACAAGGCUCUGAGGACGGGCACUAGCCGGAGGAGGAAACGAACGCUCGUCCAUCAUCUGAGAACGCCGGGGAAUAUGGACGCGGCCUUGAGCCCUGUCACCACGCCUGAGGAUGAGGAGGACAUCCACCACAUCAAACAUGUGGCAGGUUCCACACAGACCAGACACAUACCUGAUGCUCCAGGAGGCCUCACAUUCUACAACUUCUCCAGACUGCUGCUUCUCAUCAGCCUUGUCCUGAUACUGGUGGUGGUUCUAAACGUAAUGUUGUUCUACAAGCUGUGGAUGCUGGAGUACACGACACAGAGUCUCACUGCAUCGCAGGAAAUGAGACCAGAAGAAAGACCACCUCAGACCCAGCUGGAAUGGGUGCAGCUCAUGGACUCCCAGCAGCGUUACCAUGACGACGAGCUCCAGAAGUGGAGAGACAUAAUCAAAUCAUCAGUGCUGCUGCUUGAUAAGCUAAGAGACUCCCUUCUCAAUCUCCAUAAAAGCAUUGGCCUCAGGGACUACAACUCCGAGUCGGACAAAAGGAGAAACCAGUAUCACUGAUCGAUAAUAUCAAGGCAUGCGGACAUGAUGUGCAAUAUUCAGCCUACCUUUUCUGAGCCCAUGGAGAGAGUGUGGCCUUUUAAAGGCAGUGCUUGGAGUUCAGUCAGAGAGCUUUUUCAACAAUUCAAGUGACCUCAUCAGCCUGCAGUAGAUGAGAGCACACUAACACACCACAAUGUGUCCUGCUGAGAGACUAAAUCAUUGGCAGGCCUCGUCUGUAGCUUAACUUCUGUCUUGUUCAUCCACAUUCUCCACCCGAAGCUGUAUCACUUUUUUUUUUUUCUUCUUGUCACAUACAGACAAAGAUUAGACUGAUCCAAAGCAUGCAACUUUUUCUGGCUUCUGAUAUUUUGCCAAGUGAAAAUCCAUAUUGGAAUUAAAUAUGCAUUCACUUUCAGAGGUGCAAAAAUACAUACAAAUUUUUCUUCCCCUUCGAGGAACUCCGACAGCUGCUGUAUCUCUUGGUUUUUUUACCUUUGAAACUGGGAAACACGAUAAGAGACUGUAAUAAAUCCACAGCCUGCGGUAUUUCAACCUAUUUUUUUGCUCAGCAGAACUAUGAAGAAUCGAGAUGUAACGGCAUACAUGUGCAUGUGUGGUUGGGUGAGUGCAUAUGUGUGCAUGUGUGUAUGUGUGGGAUUUUUAAGACGUAUAUGGUAGUCAGGGCUAUUUUUACCAGGCAUAUCAGGCAGAUCAGGGCUGGUUUCCCUGAGAGCUUAUGCCAUACUUUUGUGAUUCUGUUUAUGUUUUCUAUGGCAUAAAUAUUCUGAACUCUGGCUGGGGCAUCGCUCUGCAGUUCUGAGUUAGUGACAUGUUGAAGAGGAGGAUUUGAUUUGCAAGCAGAGAGAAUGUAUGGAAAGAAAGCAGGAAUGCGUAGUUGAAGGUGGCACAACUCCAAGUUUCCUAACGUGUUGCCAAGGUAAUAAAGAAAUGUUUUGUUCACAGCCAACCAUCAGUGUCAUUCCAGUGUUUUAAUGAUUUACUCUGACACGUCUCCGCUGCUCCAUCGCUGCCAAGGCUCACAUGUCAACGUUAUUAUCCUGUUACCCUAUUUAAGCCAUUUCAUUGCAUUGAUUCAUGUGUGAUUGUCAUGUAAAAGUAAAAAUGUACUGUGGGCGCACAGUCCCGCCAUGAAGUAGGAUCAACAUGAGUUGCAGUGAAAUUCAAUAUGUGCUAUGUUUCUGCACUGCUACAGGUAUGUUCUGCAGAUAUCAAUCAUGUUUUGGUGAUUUUACAAACAUUUCUCAGGUGCAGAGCUGAUCUGCAUCAGAUAUAAACUGGCUGGUUUGAGGUGGAGGUCAGCAGGCAGAGACACAGAGCCACAGUUCAUUAGCAUACAGCUUAGGGCUCAUUUAUACUCCCUUUAUGCAUGAAAAUAGAUAUGUCCAUUUCAAGCGUCACAAACAUCACUGUCCUCAUACUUCCAUGCAUCCUUUAUGAUGGCGUAGAUACAGCUGUUGGAUGGCACUAGAUGGCAGAGUUGAGCAUUUCACACAACAAAUGAGGGGACAGUGGAGGAGGUCGUAACACUGUACCUUUAAAAAGGGGCAGUGUUAGAUAUGGUUGGUGGUCUGUGAGGCCAUUAAAUACAUCCCAACAUGUGGAUGAAGAGUUCUUUUCACCUGGGCUGCCCCCAACUAAGAAUUUUCCUAGUCGACUAAUAGUUGUCAUUUAGGGCCGUUAGUCGACUAGUCGCCUGAGUGUUUACGAUAUUAAUUCAGGUCUGAGAAAGAAUAGUAUCAGUACCAUUGUUAACACUUUUGAUUUAUUUUGACAAGGUGCAGCUCCUAAAAGAGUUUCCCUUUUUUAUAUAUAUAUAUAUAUAUAUAUAUAUUCUACUAUAUUAGCCAUUCAUUCUGUUCUGCCAUUAUUUAAAUUUCGUCGUCAUCUCCUACAGUCGUAUCUUGCUUGAAGUAUGCUACACUGCCUCCUUGUUUACAGGUGGUACUGCUCUGUUUCAUCUGUACCCAUAAGCUUUCAGAAAACGUGCACAAAUAUGGACAAAAAGAAUGCAGAGUUUGGACAGAAGGCUGUGUCCAUCUCCAUACCUAAUGUGGAGCAUUAAUGAGCCCUUACAAUAGCUAACAGGCAGCCUCAAGAGCAAACAAGAAAUCAUUCACUUUAAAAUUGUGCCAGUGGAUGGUGGUAAAAGAGUCUGAUAAAGCAGCACCCACAGGUUUCCGACCACUCUAAAACUGCACAAAUCAAUACAUUCUGAUGAGGGUCACUGACGGACCCACACAGAUUAAUCACCAAAUUUUUAUGCUCUUUUAGCUUAUUGUUUUGGUUGUACUGUCGCAAACUCUACCUGCAUCAGUUCAGAUUUUAGUGGGUGCAGCAAUUGGUGGAAUCCAAACCAGGAGUCCAUUCCUGAAAUUUGCUUUGGUGUAGCCUGGGUCCAGACCUUAGAAUCUGCCGACUCCAACAAGUUCACUGAUUCAUCUGGAAUUGUGACAAGAAACAAGUUUCUUUAUUGAAAUGAAAAGAAAUCAAUAAGCACUGUACAAAAGACCCAGCUCUGUCUCUGCUUUCUGCUGUGUCUUGGCCACACCCAGCCUCACAUGCAGCACUGACACACCCCUGCACUCAAUUACCUCUGAUUGAGAACUGCUGGUCCUACAAAUUGCAGUCAACACAGACACUCAGGUUGGUCACACAAAGCAAGUCCACAAUGCCUUGUCUCUCCCACUCAUUGAGUACAUUUCCUGAUUAGAUUGCAAAAAGAACCAAACCAUGCAAACAAAACCAACUUUGUUUCAUCCCCAUCCAAUCACAGCUAAAAUGCCAAAAAGAGGAUAAUAUAAAGUAAGAAUCCUCCACUUUAGCAUAGAAAAAAACUAAAUCUGGCCUGUUAUGGUCUACUGGACUAUGAUAAAUAAAACUGAAUAGCAUUAGCUUUACAAAACCACACCUCACCUCAUUUCAUCAAGAUAUAUGCUUCAUCAGAUAAGCUCUGUCCUCUCUAACUCCUUGACUUCAGUUUCAUUUAGAUGUCAAGGAAUAUUUGGCUCUAUCUACUGAGGUUUACCUCUCGCCAGCGGUUUCUGCCUCAGAGGAAUGUUUGUCUAAUGAAACACCACACUGUUUAUCCAGUGCUGAUACUAUUUUCCAGAAAAUGUGUCCAUGUCCCAGUAGGAGGACUUGGUCUCUGUCAGUGUGUGCAGAAAUGUAAUCAGUCACUGCCAGUGAAGCAGCUAUAAGAAUGUGUCUGUUGAUACUUUCAUGAGUAUAUUUAUACGUCAACCCCUUGACGAAACUGUUUGGGAUCAGUGUGUCAGUAUAUGUCUUGCAGAAACUCUGCGUUGCCAUGUUUGCCUUUUAUUUUCUUUUUUUUUUCUUUUACUGACACUUGUCCAACCUUUGAAAAUGUUUUCUAAUUUAAGGAUGAACGUCAAACUAUUUAAAUGUGUGAAAAAUGUUGAAAUUUUAAAGAAGGGAUAUGAAAACGUUGUCUUUUUGGUCUCACAAGGUUUCUAUGCUACACUGUUGCAUGCAGAAUAUGUUUUACAGUUGAUUUUUAAUCCUCAAAAAUGUCCUGUUUCAUGACAGACUAACCAGGAAAGCAUUUUUGAGUUUUGUGUAUGACGCAAAAUCCUUGCAGUGUCAGAAAUGUAGGUGAGCUGAGUGUCUAAUAUACUGUAAAUUACUGCAAAAAGGAAAAACGCAGAGAUUUAUUUUUAUGUGCAUGGUGUAAGAGAGAAGAAGGCAUAUAAAGCUGUUACAGAAAUGUUAAAAGGUUUCACUGUUAUUGACUGUGCGCAGAAAUAAUACAUUAUUAGGUGCAAUGCAAAAUGAAUUUGGCUUUGUAUAUUAUUGAAGUGAUCAACAGAGAAAAAUUCUAUUAUUGACGUGUUUUACAGGAUUCACAAAUGUAAAUAAGGCUUUGUAAAGUGGAAAAAUGUGCAUGUGUAUCUGAAUAUUUGUGCUGUAAGAACAAAUCGAUACCACAAAUGAUAAAGACAAUCUUACUUGCACAGCAGCCAUGACAUUAAUUGUAAUAAUUGGCCAUAGAAAACUAUGAUGUGAUUGGUGGUCACCGAAAAAAACGAUCUCAUAGGUCAACUGUGCAAGCAGCGUAGUACAACUUAUACUUACAUUUAUUGUAAGGUGGUGCCCUCUAUUGGCCGUGGUAAUAAUGACUCCAGCAGAAGGGGAAAUAACGUGGCACAUAAUGCGAUUUAAUCUGCGUAAUGUUCUACAAAUAUCAAAGAAGCCCCUACAGGAUGGGUGGGAGAGGUGGUGGAUGGGUCAGGACUUUCACCCAGGAGACUGGUGUUCGUGUCCCAAAGUCAACAUUGACUUCUUUUAAUAACAAAGUAGCCUAGUGUACAUUUUUUUCAGCCUAGUAUGCUAGUAUGUGUAACACGCCAUGCUAGUGACAUACGUUACAUAUCGUUUGUGAAAUAUGCGACCAAAGUACUAAUUCAAUGCAAAACUUACAUCUGUCUUCCUGAACCUAACCACACAGUUUUGCUGCCUAACCCUAACCAAGUAGUUUUGGGGCAGAACUGCGACCGUCUCAUGACGAUUCGCUACGACAAACUGUGGCCCUUAGACCGGUAAAGUUUGUCAUUUUGAGGCUGGUCAUAAAAGUGGUUUUGGAGGUCAGCAGAAAUUGACCUAUUCUGUUAUUUAGGCAUGAGAGAGUGUACAUUUUUUUCACCCCUUCCCACAGAAACAUAUUGUAUUGCAAAAAAAAUCUGUGUGUCCAUGUGGGUUUCUGUCUCAAGGGUGGGACUAUUGAUGUAGCUACCGUGACCUCACCCAUUGGUUUGUGGACCCUGUUUCAAAGCCUUGAGUUUGGCACUUCGGCCUUCGCCAUCUUGGCAUUUUUGAGCCAAAGGUGAUCAUAUCAGGGCAUGAAGGAGUGUGGGGUGGAUCUGACUGAGAAGCCAAGCACACUAUCGGCAGACAGCCUGUCACUCAAAGCAGACACACCCUUAAUCAUACGUAACUUGAAGCCUCCCCCUCUACAAUAGUCAUGAAUUUUGAAAGAAGUUAGAGAGACCAAAACUGUCUUUUGUACCAGGCUGUAAACAUGCUUAUUUCUGCUGUAAAGUCGGGCAUUUUAACAUGGGGGUUCUGUGGGGAUUGACUGGCUUCUGGAGCCAGCCUCAAGUGGCCAUUAAAGGAACUGCAGCUUUUGGCAGUUUCGUUUUGGCUUCAUUUUUCAGCCCUGAAGGUUGCCGCUUGGGUGGGACUAUCAAAUACAUAAAUCAUAAAAAGAGAUAAUUUCUUAAUCUAGCUGUGUGAAAUUUUGCUCAAAAAUGCACAAAUGUGAAUUCAAUAUUCAGAUACACGUGCAAAAUGUUCCUCCACAACCUUAUUUACUUUGCGAGUCUUAUAAAACACAUGAUAAAUGCCCUAUUUUCCCUCAAUAGUUUUCUACACUGCAACCUUAAAGCUGCUGUCCAAAUCAGAGGGUGAGGUGCUACAAUGAUCUAAUAACCUAAUUUACUCAAAAGCCAUUUUUAAAACAGUUCAAAUGCAGAUGUUGAGUUGAUGUAAUUUGUCCUCGUCAAUGGAAUCUCUUGUAUAAUACCACUGAAGUCAUGCGGCUCCUCUACUGUAUAUGAAAUGCAUGGCUAUCCUAUUAAUGCUAGCAAUUAGUAUCAUGUCAAACUUUCAUGCAUCUACAAUAGAGGUUUUAUUUCAGCAUGAGUGUGAAAACAACGUAGAUUCCCCUAAACUGUAGACCCUGAAGGUCAAUUAAAUGUAGUCAGACUUUAAGCACCAAGUGUCAGUCACAGUGUGGCCCAUGUGUGAAAAGUGACAAGUGUGUGUAAAUGUAAGCUGGUGUCAAAAUGAAACCGUUGCUUAUAAAAGGUUGACUGAAACUGUCAUUGAUUGGUUGAAGGUAACAAGAUGUGUUGGUUUUACUUAAAGUCAGUUUCCAUUACAAUCCCCGAAAUGUACCCUCAGGUUCAACUCCGAACACUCAGUCCAUAAAGACACACACACCUGCAGUAUUUCUUCCAUCUUGCCUCCAUCCAGCUCACUCGGUGGCGUAGCGUCGUAUUCUCCUAUGUGUGCUUACAGUCCCUGACCUGUCUUUGAAAACCCAUUUUGAUCUGCAUAUGUGAAUCCAAACUGAUUUAUACAGAUAUGAUAAUGUAAUGUAUAUUGUUAUGUAGAGUUAUAGUUCAUAUUAUAAGGGCUCAAACUACGCUGGCAGUGGAUUUGAGGAAGAAAAAAGUGCUUAUAUGAGAAUUUUAUUUGUAAGCGGCCUGUGAGUCGAGACAGAGGAAUG